AUGUCAGACAUCGGCGAAACCACCGGCAUCACCCACAGUGACCACAGCGACCACAAAUAUUCUUACUACCACAACGACACCGGCGACCACGAGUACCACGAGGGCCACCACAACGACACCGGCGACCACGAGUACCACGAGGGCCACCACAACGACACCGGCGACCACGAGUACCACGAGGGCCACCACAACGACACCGGCGACCACGUGUACCCUGAGGACCACCGCAACCCCGACAACCCCGAGUACUCCGGUGACCACAGAACCCCCGACGACCACAACCCUGAGGACCAUAGCGACCCGGACGACUGCAAGUACCACAGUUGCAGGAACAACGAGAAUAUCCUGGCUGACGACUUCUCGUCUUUUAACCCGAACGCGCGCUACUUCGUGCACCGGGCCCAAACAGCCAAUAGGACGGAGUACGGCAUCUCUCUCGCGUUCACGUAG